AUGUCAUGAAACGUCUAACCAAAAAAAAACAUUGUAAAUUCCCAUGUGCGUUUCCAUGUGAUACCAAUAAAUGUACAUAUAGUGGAUAUUUUUAGAAAAGGGGCACAAUGGAUUACGUUGUAGGAAGCGUUGCUGCUUUGGUUUCAGGUAACGUAACACCGAACCGUCCUAGAUUACUCAAACGACCCCUAACGCCGACCAAGCACCAGCCCUCCCCAAAUGUCACUCCCAAAAGUGAAUUCGUCGAAGAUCGCUCUAUAUUUCUGUCGCCAACAUUACAAAAGAAGAAGGCUAUGGUAAAGAAGUCACCGAAAAGAAUAUUUGAGAAUCCUGAUUUGGAGUUGACGGAAAAUAGUGAUACCACCACACCCAGUCCUAAAGCAGAAAAAGUAAAGAAACACUUAAAAAACGAGUUAGACAGUAAUAGUCCCGUUAAAUCUAAAAGCAGGAAUAGCAGUUUAUCCGAAUGCUCAUCAAAACUCGAAAAGGCUAGUGAAACAAACGAAUGUCAGAAUUCAGAUGAGAAUAUCGUAAAGAAAAAAAAGAAAAAACAGAAAUCUAAAUCGGACAAUACAAGUAAUAAAUUUAAAAUUAUUGAUAGUCAAUUAGAAAUGAUCCCAGCACAAUCAGAUGCUAUUCAUUCUCCAUCAAAAUGCAAACGGCGACGUAAAUCAAUAAGCCAGUCAAAUGAAAGAGAUGCUACUGAUAAUCCAGUAGAGGAAUGUUCCAAUAUUAAUUCAAAACAAAUUGCACUACAAACUGAGGAGUCAGACAAUAACAUAACACCUGAAAGCCAAGUUGUAAAAACAAAAGCUAAAAAACGUAAGAAAAAAUCUCAAACAAACUUGCAAAAAGUGAAUGAGAACAAAGAAAAUGAUAAACAAGAUUCAAACACAAUGAAGAAUAAAAAUAAAAAGAAACAAAUUAAAUCUACAGACACUGAAUACAGAAAUUCGGAUAAUGUGUCAAAAGCUAAGAAAAAAGAAAUCAUAAAUUUGAAUGCAAUAACAACAAAGGAUUCGGACUCUGAACACGAUUCCGAUGACGAUAUCAAAUGUCAAAAUGAAGAAAUCAAUAAGAAAAUUCUUAACACGGAGCCAGAAGAAUCUUCGUCUGAAGAAGAAGAAGUGGCACAAACAAAAGAACCAAAAGAAGAGGUACCCGCAACUGUUUCUAGUGCAGAAGAAAUUAGGAGAACUCUUUUCGUUGGUAAUAUUCCAUACAGUAAAAAAUGUAAGAAGGACAUUAAAAAAAUUUUUGGUAAAUAUGGACAGAUUGAAACUAUAAGAAUCCGUACAGUUCCAGUGAAAGAUGCUCGGUACUCACCCAAAAUGGCACUAAUCAAAAAUGAACUGCAUCCUGACAGAACCACUGUUAAUGCUUAUGUGAAGUUUAAGGAUCAGAAUUCUGUUAAUGAGGCCCUAGCAGAAAACAAUACAGUGUUAAAUGAAAACCAUUUACGUGUCUCCAGAAGCGAUACAACAGGGGCUGAGCAUGACCCAAAACUGUCAGUCUUUGUUGGAAAUCUGCCUUUCACUAUUGAAGAUGAAGUCUUGAGGUCGAAAUUUGAGAACUGCGGUGAAAUAGAUUCGGUUAGAAUCAUUAGGGACAAAAAGACAAAUGCUGGAAAAGGGUUCGGUUAUAUAAACUUCAAAUCUAAAGACGGAGUGGAAUUGGCAUUAAACAUGUCUGAAGAGGAUUUGACCAUCAAAAACAGAAUAUUACGUGUCAAGAGAUGCACACAACAAGCUCAGACAGGCAACAAAGUUAAUCGCAACAAACCAUCGAAGUUCUACAAUCAACAGCAAAACGGGGAUGGUGCGAAAGGCUUUGGUAAUCGUCAAAUGGGCAACAGACAGGGUGGGGGGCAAAACGGCAGGCAAGAUGUGAGGCAACAAGGACAUUUUGGUUUUGGAAAUAGACAAACGGGCAACAGACCGGAUCGGGGACAGCAAGGCAGGCCAGACUUUAGGCAACAAGGACAGUUCAGUGGUAAUCAACAGGACGGUGCUUAUAGAAGAGUUAUGAAUAAGAGGAAGAAUCAGGAAUCGAACGACGGUCCGCCUAAUAAAAGACAGAACUUCAAUCAACCAAAAGAAAAAAUCCGGAAAGAGUUUGUAGGAGUCACCGCUGAGAAGAAAAAGAAACGCAAGUUUGAUAAAGGGCAGAAGAAAAAGAGAGCGCUCAGUGAGAUACUGACGAAGUAACGCUGGGGCGCUGCGGAUAAUAAAUGUUUUAAUGUUUA